AUGGCACCAAGACAAUCUAAAACAGCAAAGAGAAAUAAGAGUCAAAAUGGAACCAGGUCGAUAGAACCUGAGGUAUACUCAGAUUCAAGAGCCAUGAACUUAUUAGAAGAUCAACCAAAACAAAAACAAAAAUCUACAGUAAAGAAAAUGUCAAAAUCAGCAGUCAAGAAACAACAGGCAAAGAUAAGGUUAUAUGGGGCUAAGAAUGGUAAAGAUUAUAGAGAAGAUCAAUUGAAUAUACCUACAUUAAACAGAGCUAUUGUUCCAGGUGUGAAAGCUAAACGUGGUAAAAAAGGUAAGAAAUUUGUUGCCGAUAAUGAUUCCUUAACAUUAAAUAGAUUGGUUAAAUCAAUUAAUGACAAAUAUGACCAAGUAAAUGAAAGUAAAUUAGAGAAAGCAAGAAGAUUAGAAGAAAUACGAGAAUUGAAGAGACAAGAAAUUGAAAGAAAGGAACAAGAAAAGAUUGAUAAACUAGAAGGUAAGAAGAAAGAACUUAGGAGUAAAGCUUCUGUUGCUCGUUCAGCAAGAAGAAAGAACGCAAAGGCUAGAAGAGCUGAAGAUGAUGCUGAUGAAGAAGCUCCUAAACACAAGAAAAAGAAAGUCUCAUUUGCUUGA